AUGAGAUUGCUCAAUGUCCACACUCGCAAGUUGGAGACAUUUGUUGCUUCACCACCGGAGUACGCUAUCCUCUCUCACACAUGGGAGGAUGAAGAAGUACUCUACGAAGACAUCUGCCGGCCCAGACAUGAGCUGAGUCUCAUGAAGGGGUACAAGAAAGUUAGUUACAGCUGCAUCCAGGCUACAAUAGAUGGCUUGCAGUAUGUGUGGAUCGAUACCUGCUGCAUUGACAAGAGCAGCAGCGCCGAACUUUCUGAGGCGAUCAACUCCAUGUUUAAUUGGUAUGCCUCGUCUAAGGUUUGCUAUGCAUACCUGAGCGACUUCGAGCUUCCGGAAGGUCGUGAGGAUGACCUGAGUGGACUCCAUCCCUGCCGAUGGUUCAGAAGAGGCUGGACACUGCAAGAACUCAUUGGCCCCCAUCACGUUGUCUUCUUUGAUGUGUUCUGGACAUACAUUGGAGAAAAAGGCACCUCGAGAUAUGGGUACACCAAAGACUGGCACCAGCCAACAAGAAAUCUUUCACAGCACCUGUCAACUAUCACUCGUAUUCCCCAAUCAGUCCUGAAUCGCCGGUACCCGCAGGACCCAGAAACGGUCCAAGAAUCUCUGAAUGAUUUCAGCGUCUCGCAGCGGAUGAACUGGACAGCGAAUCGUGGUACUAGCCGUCCUGAGGAUGGAGCCUACUGUCUCAUGGGACUGUUCUCGGUCAACAUGCCGCUACUUUACGGCGAAGGCGGCUGCAAAGCAUUCGGCCGUUUGCAGGAAGAGAUCUUGCGGGUUUCCAGAGACCAGUCUAUUUUCGCCAUCUAUGAUGAAUCGCUCUUCGCAAGAGAUGCGAGCGGCUUUGUCCACAAAGAUCAAUCUGUCGAGUUGGUCGAGUUGCCCGCAGCUCGGCAUCCCGAUGGCCACGCUCACGUGUCAUACAUGGAAUCACAUGCAAAUAACACAACCACUGAUAUGUUCAUAUGCCCCUUGCAGAAGUGCCAAGAUUGCACAGAGGAGGAGGGUAGAUCACCAAUCGUCCCUACCGACUUGUAUCUUGGAAUUCUGAACUGUGCGCUUCUGUCUGACCUUCGCAAGCGCCCUGUGAUUGUGCUCGAGAAGCUGAGGGUAGAAGAGCAAGUUUACCAAAAGGCCUCGUAUCUGGUACUUGUGAUGAGCGGAAGUAUGGACAUGAUAUCUGUCCAGGAGAUGCAUGGAGUUCUUGAAUUGUACCUGUCGAGGAGGAUAGGUCAUGAGUUGGAACGUGAGUUGCUCUACCCCGGCCAUGGAAAGCUGGGCAAUUACUAA